CUUUGGUGCAAUGGUGAUCACGAACAGUGAAAACUUGUAAAAAAAAAAUUUCUUAAAACUAUGGAUAAUAAUUAUUAUUUUACAAUUAGAAGUUUUACGAAGAUUAAGCGAAUAUGAAAUUAAAUUUAUGUAAAUUCGUAUAACUUUAAAGGACAUCACCCUAUGUCAAGUUGCCAAUUAAAUACAAAUUUCUAGAGGUCAGGUUUUGUGGAUAUGUAUUCUCCGCGUCAGAAAAUACUCUGGUUUGCCUUUAGCACUAGGAUUUUUGUGUUGUUUCUACAAGUUGUAUCAAAUGUUGUUCUACCAGAUCACAAAGCAGAUGUGUUUGUUAGUCCAGAGGAUCCAACCUUGCGUAAAAGUAGACUUGACGUUAUAGUUGACAUAGUUCUAGGUGGCAUGAAACGAUGGGACGCACAAUAUUUUGUACACAUAGCUCAAUAUGGAUAUACUUAUGAAAAUUGUUUAGCAUUUUUCCCUCUGUUUCCAUUAAUAGUAAGGUAUGUUGCUUUUAUAUUAAAUAGUAUUUUAGGUUCAUUCCUCAACUUUCAUAGUUUGCUGCUGAUUUCAUCAACAUUUGUUAAUUUACUAGUUUUUAUCAAAUCUGCUGAUAUCUUACAUAGACUAAGUGUAAGAAUAUUAAAAAGUGAAAGUAGAGCAUACAAGUCUGCUAUUUUAUACUGUGUUAAUCCGGCAAGUAUAUUUUUUUCAGCUCCUUAUUCAGAGUGUUUAUUUGCAUUCCUAUCAUUUUAUACAAUGUUUAAAUGUACAGAAAAUGAAACCUUACGGUUUGCUAAUAUAGACAUCACAAGUGCAUUACCUACAGGGUUAUCUAUGACCGCCAGGUCUAAUGGAAUAGUCAAUUUAGGAUUCAUUCUUUAUGCUAGUUUCAAGAAUGUGAUAGAGAGAACUUUACCUGAAAUUGUGUACAAAUACAAGACUCUAAAGCAUAGAAUAAUUCUUCCAUGUUUACUUCUACCACUGUUUACAUCUAGUGUAGCACUGUUUAUGACUGUGAUAGUAGCAAUCAUUCCAUUUGUCUUAGUUCAAACGUACAAUUACUUUAAAUUUUGUAUUCACAGUGAUCACACUUUGCCAGAAUUUUUGUCCAGUUCAGAAUUUGUAUUACCAGGUACUGCUGAAAGCCCAUGGUGUAACCAUACACUGCCAUUGUCAUAUUCUUAUGUACAAAGUCACUACUGGGAUGUUGGAUUAUUUAAGUAUUACAGGCUAAAACAAAUACCCAACUUUAUACUAGCCUUUCCUAUCAUUUUCUUCAUUUUAUAUAACUGUUUAUGUUAUUUGAAAAACAAUUUACGAUUAUGUUUUAGACUUGGCUUGAGAGAAAACAUUUUUAAUUAUGGAUAUCCAAGCAAAAUAACAUACAGACAAAAACAAUAUUGUAAGACUUUUGGGGGUAAUGAUCCUUCUUAUUUUGUGUAUGUGGUCCAUGUGAUGGUGUUGACAGUUUUUUGCAUAGCAUUUAUUCAUAUACAAGUAGCUACAAGGCUGCUGGCGUCAGCUAGUCCAGUUUUAUAUUGGAUAUGCUCAAGUAAGAUGAAUGUUGGACCCACACCAACUUCAGAUCAAAAUACCAUCAAUGAGCAUUUCCGCCGAAUAGGAGUGGGUAAGAGAAUUCCAUCACACCAUUUGUCCAUAGCUAAUUUGGAAGGAGUUGACAAUAUGUAUAGCAAGUGGAAAACCUUUUUAAUAUGUAGGAGAAUGCCAGAUUUACAAUCACAAAUAAUACAGUUAUAUUUUCUUGGGUAUCUUGUUGUAGGUACUAUUUUGUUUUCUAAUUUCUAUCCCUGGACUUGAUCAAUUAUAUCACAUUGUUUACAUGUGAAAUACAUAUCACACUUUUAAUUUAUUACUUAUAGUAAAUCACUGUUUGGACAUAUCAUUUGCAUUGUUUUAAAAUUUUAAGGUAUAUAAUAAGUUAUUAUGACCAAAUCUAAUCUAGUCAAUAAUUUAGAAGAUUUUUAUAGUACUUAAGUAUUUUUAAUGAUAAUAAUAUUUCUCUCUGCUUGGAGUUUAAUAAUAUUGCAUGGGGCCUUUUAAAAACAAGUCCAUUAUACAUUUUGACCGAAAGUUGUCAUUUUAGAUAUCGCUUGUUAGAUAAACUAAAUAUAACUUGAGAAACCACAUUUUAUAGUACAUUAGUUCAAAUUAUAAAAAGUUUUAAAGUGUUGAAAAUUUUAAACAUUUCUCGACAUUGUUAUAUUUAAAUUAUUAUGUUUAGUAGUUUAUUCCUGUUCACACUAGUAUUGAUAACUUCUACUUGAUCAUUACUAAAUCUAAAUUAUUUUUACUUGACACCUCUACUUGUUUACAAGUUGUGCUGUACUUGUUUACAAAUCAUAGAAAUAUAAACAGCAUCAUGAUCUCAUUUUUAUUCAAUUAAUCUGUAAGGACAUCUUUCCCUUCAUAGAAUACACAAGCAAAGCAAAUAACAUCAAGAGUCAGGUAAAAAUAAUUUAUGUUUACUGCUGUAUUACUUCUAUAAUUAUCUUCAAUCUGAGUUUGUAAUCUAAAAUGUAUACCCAUAUUAAGGUUGUGGUGAUGAUUCAAUUUUAUCAACUAAAUUCACGAUUGUUUAGGAAUAAGAUAAGGCUUAUUAAGGCUUGUUUUCAAGUGUUCAAUAAAAAAAGAAUAUUAUAAAA